AUGAAGCAAAUAGAUAGGAUGUGGGAAAUUGUAAAAUGGAUGGGAAAAGGAGGGCUUGUCACAAUGAAAACAAUUGCCAAAAUCAUGAGAAGACUUGCUGGUGCCGGUAGAUGGAAAGAUGCUAUUGAAGUAUUCGAUGACUUGAAAUCAUGGGGCUUGGAUCAGAAUACCGAAUCAAUGAAUCUUUUACUUGACACCCUUUGCAAAGAGAAGAAAACAGAUGUUGCUCGUGAAAUAUAUUUAAACCUGAAGGGUCAGAUCUCCCCUAAUGCUAAUACUUUUAACAUUUUUGUCCAUGGUUGGUGCAAUGCUCGAAGGAUUGAUGAGGCAAUGUGGACUAUUCAAGAGAUGAAAGACUUUGGUUUCAACCCUUCAGUGAUCACAUACUCGACUAUUAUCAAAACAUAUUGCAAAAAAUUUAAGUUUUCUAGGGUUUAUGACCUCCUUGAUGAAAUGGUUGCCAAUGGUUGCUCCCCUAAUGUUGUCACAUACACAAUUAUUAUGCAUUCACUUGCUAAGUCUCGCAAAUUUGAAGAAGCCAUUAGCAUAGUCAAGAAGAUGCGGAUGUCUGGAUGUAAACCCGAUACACAUUUCUACAACUCUUUGAUCAACAUUCUUGGUUUAGCCGAUCAAGUUGGUGAGGCCUCUCAUAUCUUUGGUGUAGAGAUGCAAAUGAAUAGAGUUAGUCGUAAUUUGUCAACAUACAAUACAAUGAUCUCAGUAUUUUGCAGUCAUGAUCGGCAAGACGAUGCAUUGGGUGUAUUAAAGGAGAUGUAGGAUUUUUCUUGUAAGCAU